GGAGGAAAGAAAAAACAGAAAUCGAUCUGACGGAGCGUUUCCAUUGGUUACAGGCUCCUGGUACCCAGGAAAGAGGAUGUAGCAUCUCCUGCGGUAGCUUAGCAAACAGGACAAAUGUGAGGAAGGAGCGGCUGUUGUGCGGGUAAAUAUGGGACGGAUAAUGGCUAUAUGAACGAGAAGGUGAUGAUUCACCGGCAGGUGAUACUGACCCAGAACUUGUACCAGAACAGGUUUCUCGGGCUUGCAGCUAUGGCCUCUCCAUCUCGCGCAUCUCAUGGCAGGCGGCGAUGUAAGGACCCGAUUCGGCACAGUUUCAACCCUGAGCAGUUCCCCAACGUGGACUUCCAGAAUGGCGUACCUGAGGAGCUGGCGGCGGCCGUGCUGCGCUCCACCAGCGACACCGACCUUGUGACCUCCCACUGCCGCUCCACCCUCACCGUCAGCACCUCCAGCUACACCAUCGGCCAGACGCAGGACAUCACCCUCAGCUGGGACAUCAAGGAGGAAGUGGACGCGGGAGACUGGAUUGGCAUGUACCUCAUUGAUGAGGUUCUGUCGGAGAACUUUCUGGACUACAAAAACAGAGGUGUGAAUGGCUCCCACAAAGGUCAAAUCAUCUGGAAGAUCGAGGCCAGCUCCUACUUCGUAGAACCGGAGACUAAGAUCUGUUUUAAAUAUUAUCAUGGUGUGAGCGGAGCCCUGCGGGCCACAACGCCAUGUGUGACCGUAAAGAACCCCUCCGCACCGGUGUUCAAGCCGGUGACCACAGAUGAUGUACCUCAGAGUCAAGGCAGCAGAAGACUCAUCAGCUUCUCUCUCUCAGAUUUCCAGGCCACCGGGCUGAAGAAAGGCAUGUUCUUCAACCCAGACCCCUACCUGAAGAUCGCCAUCCACCCCGGCAAGCACAGCAUCUUCCCUGCCCUGCCUCACCACGGCCAGGAGAAGAGAUCAGGCAUCGUCUGCAAUACCAUUAAUCCUGUUUGGCAAAGGGAGCGUUUUAAUUUUGUGUCUCUGCCCACGGAUGUCUUGGAGAUCGAAGUCAAGGACAAGUUUGCUAAAAGCCGACCCAUCAUAAAGCGUUUCUUGGGCAAGCUGUCCAUGCCAGUGCAAAGAUUACUGGAAAAACAUGCUAUCGGUGAUCGAGUGGUCAGCUACACUCUGGGUCGGAGGCUUCCAACAGAGCAUGUUAGUGGCCAGCUGCAGUUCAGGUUUGAGAUUACAUCCUCCAUCCAUCCAGAUGAUGAGGACAUGUCUCUUAGUACAGAGCAACCAGUGGCAGCAGAAGCUCAAGUCCAGCCUCAAGCAGAAGACACCAUGAGUUUGGACCAGGGGGCUCCAGAGUUGCCUUUAGAUGGAGAAACGACUUCUGUAGACAUGCCAAUGGAUGUUGAAUCAGCCGAGGUAGAAGCUAUAGAGGAAGAAGCUUUAGAGGCAGAACAGCAGACGCAUCCGGAGGAGCAGGAGGAAGUAGCAGCUGAAAGCAGAGAACAAAUGGAGCAAGAAGAGACCAGCAGACAAGCAGAAGAGACGACCCAAGAAGAGGCAGAAAAUGAUAGUGCCUUUGCCGAAGGGCCUGCGGAGUCUGCAGGAGAUUCUGCAGGAGUCGAAGAAGAGGCGAUAUCAGACCCACAACCCGUUUUGGAGGAACCAGAUGUGGAUCAAGAAGAAGGCUGCUCACUGAGGAUCAGAACCACACCGAGAAGGAAGACGCGGCCUUGUUCUCUACCUGUGUCUGAGCUGGAAACAGUCAUCGCUUCAGCUUGCGGCGAACCGGAGACGCCGCGCUCCCAUUACAUCCGAAUCCACCACCUGCUCCACAGCCUCCCGUCCACCCAACCGGGAGACACGGCUGGACCCGAACCCGACCGGCCACAGGAUGUAGAAGAGCAAGAGGAAGACGAGGAAGAGGUUGCGACACUUGAGGCUCACGCUUUAACACCCAACGGCCCUCGUAGGACGCUGCCCCGCAGCCGCUCACACGAGCGCCUCUCGGACCUCAUUCAGAUGCUUGACGGAGAUGGACAGCCGCUCGGGGCUGAGGGCCAAACCACAGGUCAAAGGUCACCAGGGGAAAGCGAGUGUGAUUUGAGCCCAGUGCCGUGUUGCAGUCACAUGUCGCAGAGGCCCUCGGGUCCCAUCCGGGCGCCGUCUCUAGACAGCGCACGCCGGUCAGAAAGCACUGUGUUUUCCUCACAGGAUGACGAGGAAGAGAUGGACAGGGUGAAUGGGAUUCUGGGAUUGGAGGCGGAGACAGGACAGGGCGCUAAGAGCCGGGAGCCAGGGGAUGGAAGCUGUCAGUGGGAGGAGGCGCCGGAUAGUCAUGUCCAGAGCCCGCACGGCAUUAUGGGUAACGGAGAAUCUCCUGUAGCUGGACCAAGCACCAGAAGAGAAUGUCCUUUGCCUUGUAACCAUCCUGCAGUGAGCCAGUUACCUGCCCUGCGGCCUGACCCACAUCACUAUCCCACCAUAGACGAGCCGCUGCCACCGAACUGGGAGGCCCGUAUUGACAGUCACGGUCGUGUGUUCUAUGUGGAUCACAUUAACCGGACCACCACUUGGCAAAGGCCAACAUCCGCAGCCACGCCGGAUGGCCUGCGCAGGUCUGGUUCCGUCCAACAGAUGGAGCAGCUCAACAGGAGGUACCAGACCAUCCAGAGGACGAUGGCCACAGAGAGGAGAGACGAGGAGUCAGGCAGCCCCCGCAACGAGAGAACAGCCAACAUUGAGACAGACUCGCCUCCACAGUCAUCCGAGUUGAGGAGAGACACACCAUGUUCUCCAGGUCACUGUCAGAAGAUCACAUUACUGCUGCAGAGCCCAGCGGUCAAAUUCAUCACUCACCCAGAGUUCUUCACUGUUCUCCAUGCAAAUUAUGGGGCAUAUCGUAUGUUCACCAACAGCUCGUGUCUGAAACACAUGGUCCUGAAGAUCAGGCGUGAUGCCCGAAACUUUGAGCGGUACCAGCACAACCGUGACCUGGUGACCUUCUUAAAUAGGUUUGCUGAUGCUCAGCUGGAGCUGCCACGGGGCUGGGAGAUCAAAACAGACCCGCAGGGGAAGUCGUUCUUUGUAGACCACAACAGCCGUGCCACAACCUUCAUUGAUCCCAGGAUCCCCUUGCAAAACGGCAGAUUGCCCAACCACCUGACGCACCGCCAGCACCUGCAGAGAUUACGCAGUUACAGCGCAGGAGAGGCAUCUGAGGUGUCACGUACCCGAGGAGUGUCUUUGUUAGCCAGGCCUGGAAACAGCCUGGUAGCAGCCAUACGAACCCAAAGCCAGCAGGAGCCAGUGCCAUUAGCAUACAAUGAUAAGAUUGUAGCGUUUUUACGGCAACCAAACAUCUUUGAGGUGCUACAGGAACGGCAGCCGAGCCUGGCGAGGAAUCAUUCGCUCAAGGAAAAGGUGCAUCACAUCCGAACCGAAGGCACACAGAGAUUGGAGAAGCUGUCGUGUGAUGCUGACCUGGUCAUGCUGUUAAGUUUGUUUGAGGAGGACAUCAUGUCUUACGUUCCCCUCGCAUCAUUUCACCCCGGGUUUAACUUCUCUCCGCGCUGCUCUCCUGGUUCCUCUCCUCAAAACUCUCCAGGGACUCAGAGGGCUCGGGCACCAGCGCCCUACCGCAGAGAUUUUGAAGCCAAACUGCGCAACUUCUACAGGAAGCUGGAGGCAAAGGGCUACGGGCAAGGACCCGGCAAGAUCAAACUGAUCGUCAGAAGAGAUCAUCUGUUAGAAGGAACGUUUAACCAGGUCAUGGCCUACUCACGUAAAGAGCUCCAGAGAAACAAGCUCUACAUCACCUUUGUUGGAGAGGAAGGACUGGACUACAGCGGUCCAUCGCGAGAGUUUUUCUUCCUGCUGUCUCAGGAGCUGUUUAACCCUUACUAUGGCCUGUUUGAAUACUCCGCUAACGACACGUACACUGUCCAGAUCAGCCCCAUGUCUGCUUUUGUGGAAAACCACUUGGAAUGGUUCCGUUUCAGCGGGCGAAUUCUUGGCCUGGCUUUGAUUCAUCAGUAUUUGUUGGACGCUUUCUUCACCCGGCCGUUUUAUAAAGCUCUCCUCAGACUAGCCACAGAUCUCAGUGAUCUGGAGUAUCUGGAUGAGGAGUUUCAUCAGAGCUUACAGUGGAUGAAGGACAAUGACAUCACAGAUGUGCUGGAUCUCACCUUCACUGUCAAUGAGGAAGUGUUCGGACAGGUGACCGAGCGGGAGCUGAAGUCUGGCGGGACAAACGUGCAGGUUACAGAGAAGAAUAAGAAGGAAUAUAUCGAGCGGAUGGUGAAAUGGAGGGUGGAGCGAGGUGUCGUCCAGCAGACGCAGGCUCUUGUCCGGGGCUUUUAUGAGGUGGUGGAUUCUCGACUGGUGUCUGUGUUUGAUGCCAGAGAGCUGGAGCUGGUUAUUGCAGGAACAGCAGAGAUUGAUUUAAACGACUGGAGAAAUAACACAGAGUACAGAGGAGGUUAUCAUGAUGGGCACAUUGUCAUCCGGUGGUUCUGGGGUGCGGUGGAACGCUUCAAUAAUGAACAGAGACUGCGUCUCCUGCAGUUUGUGACGGGCACCUCCAGCGUUCCGUACGAGGGCUUCACCGCGCUGCGCGGGAGCAACGGCCUACGACGCUUCUGCAUCGAGAAAUGGGGCAAGAUCACGUCGCUCCCGAGGGCGCACACAUGCUUUAACCGCCUGGAUCUUCCACCGUAUCCAUCCUACACCAUGUUGUAUGAGAAACUGCUGAUCGCUGUGGAAGAGACCAGCACUUUUGGCCUUGAGUGAGGACUCGACUUUGAAAACACCUUCCUCCCGGUGACCUUUCUCAUGUACACCGUAUGUAAUUAUCUACUAGUGUGGAUCGUGUCCUGUGUCCGUUUCUUUGGUUUGUUCAGGACACCACUGCAUGCAUCAGUCACCUGCGCAGGUGGACAGUGUGUAACGGGUAUGCAAUAGUGAAAGAAAAGCCUUCAACCUGCUUUAACACUCAGGGCCUCGACCUCCGCUGGAGUCGCUCUCAGUUCGCACAUCGUCAUUUCACCGCAAAUCGUCAUGGCCAGCAUCCUUUCUGUUGGUGCAUUUUCACAUUGACAAGAAUUGUAAAGUUAAAACCAAAUAUGCUCACAGAAAAUAUCUGAUUUGAGGUGCCGUAAUUAUUGUAAAUGUGCGCACUAGUUCACAUGAUCUCACCGAACUUGGCAUCAUCACAGGAAGUGACGUCACUUUGCAGGAGUCAAUGGGGGAAAUGAAAAGUUUGAACCUUGAUAUAACACUAUUGAUUUAUUCGUUUGCACCAAUCAGUGUGAUUUAAUAUUACAAUCAUUAACACAUCAAACAUAUUUAAGGAUGUUUAAGGCUUCAUGCUGUCUUGUCUGUGAUGUUGUGUUGACACACGAUUGCUUUCAAAGAAUUGAUGGUUUUAGGUUUAAAAACCCAACGCAGGAUGUUAACUUUAAUGUUAACGCUAAACGAGAAAAUGUUAACCAACGCAACAAAUCCAAUCAGAAUAUAUAUAUUGUUUAUUAUACACCAGGAUUUUAAACCAAUGAGAUUGCACUGUGGGCGGAGCCAUCCAUUGAACAAAACAAGGGACUGAAAAACUUGUCAGUUCCAUCUAAGACACUGUGUAAAGGUGCAUUCAUGGUGACGGUGAUUUAUAGUGAUUUGAGCCAACAUGUGCGACAACAACCAGUGGUGAUGCAAUGUGGGCGUGUACUUUAUGUAAAUGAGCAAUGCAGCGGACUGCCAAUGGGAGUGAAGACGUCUAGGAAGUAAGUGCUCAUAAUGAGCAGUUUUACAUGAUUCUUUAUGCACUACUGCAGUUUAAAUAUACGGUUUUCUUCAACAUGUUCGGUUUUAGUAUUAAAAUGGAAUGAGAAGUUGUUGUAUUUAUUGUAUUUA